UCAAAGUUAUCGUUACAAUAAUAAUAAAAAAAUCAAACAGUUGUUUUGUUCCCGCAUUCGAAAAGAAGAAGAAGAAACAGAGCAUGGAAAUGGUAGGAAACCUAUCUCUUCCAUUACUACUCCCAAACCCGCCGCCUUCCGCCUCCGCCUCCGCUUCUACUUCCAAACCCUUCUCAGUAACUACUCUUGUCAUCCAUGACUUCAAUUCCACCUCACACUCCCGAAACCGUAUGUCCAUCGGUAAUUCCUCCUCCGACCCCAACUACGGCAAGCCAUGGUUCAACCACCAUCUUUCUUCUUCAGGUCAGCAUAUUCUCGACACCUUACUUCACUCUCCCGCUGAUUGCAUUCAACUCGACAAUAUUCUAGGCCCCCUUUUCACCCAACCACAUCCACAUCCCACUAGUUUAUCUCGUGAUAUUCUCGCCAUAAUCAAAGCUUUAGGGUUUCGAAGAGAAUCCGAACUUGCUUUUGCCGUUUUUGACUGGGUUCGCAACCAGCAAGGUUGUGCUAAUCUUUUAACCGGUUCUGCAAUUGCUGUCAUAGUUAACAUUCUCGGCAAAGCAGGUCGGGCUUCAUCCGCGGCGUCUUUGCUUCGAACUCUUGAAAAUGAUGGAUUUGAGAUUGAUGUUUAUGCUUAUACUUGUUUGAUAACUGCUUAUGCUAGUAAGGGUAGAUACAAUGACGCUGUUUCUGUGUUCAAUAAGAUGCAAAGAGAUGGUUGUAGCCCUACUCUCAUUACUUAUAAUUCCAUGUUGAAUGUUUAUGGAAAAAUGGGUAUGCCUUGGUCUCGUGUUAAGUCUCUUGUAUAUUCUAUGAAAAUGAAUGGAGUUGCUCCUGAUUUGUAUACUUACAAUACCCUUAUCACUUGUUGUAGUCGUGGUUCUCUAUAUGAUGAAGCUGUUAAUGUGUUUGAUGAUAUUAAGAUGGCGGGUUUUACUCCUGACAGGGUUACAUAUAAUGCAUUGUUAGAUGUUUUUGCAAAGUCUAGACGCCCCGAGGAGGCUUUGCAGGUGCUUAAAGAUAUGGAAAUUAAUGGCUUCUCUGCAUCCAUUAUUACUUAUAAUUCGAUGAUAUUUGCUUAUGUUAGAGGUGGUUUGUUAGAGGAAGCAUUGCAGCUUAAAAUUCAAAUGGUGGAGAAAGGGAUUAAGCCGGAUGUUUUUACCUACACCACACUUUUCUCGGGGUUUGAGAGAGCUGGGAAAGAUGAGUUUGCUUUUGAAGUAUAUGAUGAAAUGAAAGCGGCGGGAUGCAAACCUAAUAUUUACACCUUUAAUGCUCUUAUCAAGAUACAUGGUAAUCGUGGAAAAUUUGUGGAAAUGAUGAAGGUUUUUGAGGAUAUCAAGGAGUGUGGGUGUUCUCCUGAUAUUGUUACUUGGAACACACUCUUGGCUGUGUUUGGACAGAAUCAAAUGGACUCUGAAGUAGCAGGAGUGUUUAAAGAGAUGAAGAGGUCGGGGUUUGUGCCUGAGAGGGACACCUUCAACACUUUAAUUAGUGCGUAUAGUAGAUGUCGUUCAUUCGAUCAAGCAAUGGCUGUUUAUAAAAGCAUGCUGGUUGCUGGAGUGUCUCCUGAUCUCUCUACCUAUAAUGCUGUUUUAGCCGCCUUGGCUCGAGGUGGGUUUUGGGAACAAUCAGAGAAAAUUAUUGCUGAAAUGAAGGAUGGUCGGUGUAAACCUAAUGAACUGACGUACUCUUCUCUGCUUCAUGCCUAUGCCAAUGGUAAGGAGAUUGAAAAGAUGAAAGCAUUUGCUGAGGAGAUUUACUCUGACUCUAUUGAACCACAUCCUGUUCUGUUGAAGACACUUGUUCUAGUAAGUAGCAAGACUGAACUCCUAAUGGAAACAGAACGCGCUUUUUCUGAAUUAAGGAAAAGAGGAAUUACACCUGGCCUUACUACUCUGAAUUCAAUGAUUUCAAUAUAUGGGAGGAAGCAGGUGGUGUCCAAGGCCAAUGAGAUUUUGGACUUCAUGCACAAGAAUGGUUUUACUCCAAAUUUGACCACAUAUAAUAGCUUGAUGUAUAUGUACAGCCGUUCGGAGAAGUUCCAAAAAUCAGAAGAAAUCUUAAGGGAAGUUCUGAAAAAAGGUAUGAAACCAGAUAAGAUUUCAUAUAAUACUGUUAUCUACGCAUAUUGCAGAAGUGGUAGGAUGAAGGAGGCUUUGAGGAUAUUUUCCGAAAUGAAAGAUUCUGCACUUGUUCCAAAUGUUGUAACUUACAACACAUUUGUUGCAACUUAUGCCGCUGACUCAAUGUUUGUUGAGGCUAUUGAUGUUAUUCGAUACAUGAUCAAGAAGGGAUGUAGGCCAGACCAGAAUACUUAUAACUCCAUUGUUGACUGGUAUUGCAAGCAUAAUCGACAAGAAGAGGCAAACAGUUUUGUGAAAAACCUUGGUAAUAUUGACCCACAUGUUUCCAAGGAUGAGAAAAGUAGGUUACUAGAGAGAAUGGCAAGAAUGGCAAGGGAAUUGCCAUCUAUGAAACACAGACUCCGACACGGACACCGGGACACGACACGGAUACGGACACGGACACUCCGACACCGAUAAUUUGCAAAUCAUCUGUGAUAAGUUGGACACUUGUUUUCAGAGGAACAUGAACUUGAAGAUUUAUCCUUGAGUAUUCUCAACAAUUAGGCUUCACAGGUGGAUUAAAAUUUAUUUUUCUAAGAUGCUGAUAUUUGCCGCCGCCUCUUCUAUGUGGAUCAAUUCCCCAAGAAUCCAAGAUGGUGACAACUUUGUAAUUUACUUUUCAUAUGCUUUGAAACAGUUGUCACACAUAAUUGUUUUAGCAGUUUAGCUGUAUUUUUUUCAGGUCUAUAAUAUUUAUUGGUGCCUUUGAUUUGCAUUCUCAAAAAAAUGAAAAAGUCUCUUGAAUAUCUCAAUGCAUCACUGUUUGGAAUGUUACAAUGCGAACACUUUCUAUCUUCUUUUUAAGCACUUCUCUUUCUCCAUAUGUCCUGGUGUGUUAUAUCCUGUUUGUUUUUUAAAUUUUCUUUUGUUUAUCUUCAAUUGGCGUUAACAUUCUGUUUUAUACAUAUUUUGUAGAUAUAGAUGGCAUGUUUUGCAGAUGUAUCUAAGAUCUUGGAGUGACUGCAUAUUUUUGGUUUUUUGCACAAAUCAAAUUCCUACAAAUCAGUGGAGGUAAUGGAAGAAGCAGUGCACUAUCUCUUACUGAACUUUUGUUUUUUAGUUUGAUUAAUGUUUCUUAUGCAAUCAUUAGAAAAUGAUAUGUUAUGUUUUCGUGGUUGAUCAUACAGAUAAAACUAUGGACUUAUGCCUGCAAGUAAUAAUCUGUAUCUUUGAAAAUGGCUGAAAUCUUCUAGUUUUACAGUGCUCAUUAACUGAAUAUGCUUUCAACACAUUUCCAAAUUUUAAAAUGGUGCAGGUUUGAGUAGAAUUGAACUCGUCCCUAAUAUUGAACUUCUCAACAGGAUAGAGAGGGAGUUUUUACUUCUAAUUCCAAUAUUUUCCACUAAAUCUAUCGAUUACAUUCCACUAAAGCCAUUUCUUUCGACCUCAAUCGUGCUCCAAAAACAAAUAUAUUAGUCAACAAACUAUUUCUAUGGUAUUCCCUCUAGUUUUACACCAAACAAAAAUUGUGUAUAUUGGUUUCAUCAACUAAUUUGUCUCCACUAAUUUUAUGGCCUCACCAUUUUAAAAGUUCACAUAAAUUAUACAUCUAAGGCCCCUCCCGUGAAUUAUUUCCAUUUAUUUCAAUACCCAACAAAAAUUGCAAAAUUAUAUCUCCUCCUUGAUUUAAUUUGUUCAGUUUGAUACCUCACUUGGAUUUUAGCCUUCUUUUUUUCUUUUUUUUGGUACAGUUGUUUUUUGUUUGGUUCAGACUUAGCUUUAGCCUUCUGGAAUCACUUAUCUUUUUGUUAGCAAAGUACAUUUGUCUUGUCCUUUAAAAAGCAAAGUACUUUUUCAUUUUAUGGAUUGAUCUCUUGGUGCAGAAAU